AUGAGGUUAUUAGGAGGCAUCCUUGGGAUGGCGAGUUUGUUGAUGCAGACUGUCACAGCCAUUGACAUGGUAAUAACUUCCGUGAAAGCCGCCGCCGCCGAAAUCGCCUUCGGCCUCACAAAAUACUACACCGGCCACCUCCCCGGCGACACCCCCGGCAACCUCCCAGACCCCUACUUCUGGUGGGAAGCAGGCGCCAUGUUCGGCACCCUAAUCGACUACUGGCAGCUCACCGGCGACGACACCUACAACGACAUCACAAAGCAAGCCAUCCUCCACCAAGCCGCCCCCACCCGGGACUUCAUGCCCCGCAACCAAACCCGCACGCUGGGCAACGACGACCAAGGCUUCUGGGCCAUGACAGCCAUGACAGCCGCCGAGCUCAAAUUCCCCGACCCUGGCCCCGACCAACCCCAAUACCUCGCCCUCGCCCAAGCAGUCUUCAACCAAUGGGCCCAACGCUGGGAGGAAAACGAGUCCUCCGGCUGCGGCGGCGGCCUCCCCUGGCAAAUCUUCCGCUUCAACCGCGGCUUCAACUACCGCAACUCCAUCUCCAACGGCUGCUUCUUCAACAUCGCCUCCCGACUAGCUCGCUUCACGGGUAACGUCACCUACGCCGAGUGGGCAGCCAAGAUCUACACCUGGCAGGAAGAGACCGGCCUUUUUCGGGAUGGUGACGUGCUAGACGGUGUGACGGUCAAGCCGGAGGAGGGCAACAGCUGUGACUCCAUCGACGAGAUCCAGUGGACGUACAACGCGGGCAUUUUCAUUCACGGGUCGGCGGUGAUGUAUAAUUUUACCGAUGGGAACCCGAUCUGGAAACGACGCCUCGACAGCCACUUGGCUUCCGCCGAGAGGACGUUCUUCACCAACAGCACCGAUGGGGAGAGGGUCAUGUUUGAACAGUUUUGUGAACCUCCGGGAUUUUGCGAUAUUGAUCAGCGGAGUUUCAAGGGGUAUCUCACUCGUUGGCUGGCGAGGACGACACAGCUGGCGCCUUAUACGUUCGAGUCCAUCUCCCCGCUUCUGACCAAUAGCGCUAUUGCAGCGGCGAAGGCCUGUUCGGGUUCGCCGACUGAGGCACCACCUGGGGAACAACCCUUUCGUGGCAGGCCAGGGACGGCUUGUGGGUUCAGCUGGACAAAGGGGGGGUAUGACGGGAUGAACGGGGUGGGGGAGCAGAUGAAUGCCUUGAGCGCGGUGGCGUCGACGUUGGUGGAUAGGGUUGAUGUGCCUGUUACGGGGGACACGGGCGGGACGAGCAAGGGGGACGUGAAUGGGGGUGCGGACGGGCCGGGGAGUUGGAUGACGGGGAAGGAGUACAAGCCCAUCACCACGGGGGAGAGGGUCGCGGCCGGGUUUGUGACGGCGGCGAUGGUUUUUGGGGUUAUUGGGGGGAGUGCGUUCCUAAUACUAUAA